AUGAGCUACUUCAGUUUUGUUUUCGGGGUGAUUCUCACUUUGUAUCAGAUUGGGAGUAAUCCGACCAGUGCUGGGAUGUGCUGGCUGCAGCAGGGCCAGAGGUGCGACAUGGUGCUGAUGAGAGGGGUGACCAGAGAGGAGUGCUGUGCCGGGAACCGUCUGGACACAGCCUGGUCCAACAGCAGCCUGCCCAUGAACGAGGUCAGCCUGCUGGGCUUCCUGGGGAUCGUCUCCUGUAAACCAUGCAAAGAGACCUGUGAGGGAGUGAAAUGCAGCCCUGGGAAGGUCUGCAGCAUGAAGAUGGGGAGGCCUCAGUGUGUGUGCUCUCCGGACUGCUCUCACGUUUCCCGGACGCACGCUGUGUGCGGCAGCGAUGGAAGGACAUACAUAGAUGAGUGCACUAUGCUGAUGGCCCGCUGCAUGGGUCACCCAGACCUGGAGGUCAUGUACCAGGGCGACUGCAAAAAGUCGUGCUCCAACGUGGUGUGUCCAGGAACCCACACCUGCGUGACGGACCAGACCAACAGUGCCCACUGCGUCAUGUGCCGCACCACACCUUGCCCAAUACCCAUGCUGUCCGAGCAGCCGAUCUGCGGCAAUGACAACAUCACCUACCCCAGCGCCUGCCACCUCCGCCGGGCCACCUGCUUCCUGGGCCGCUCCAUAGGCGUCCGCCACUACGGCCACUGCAACAAUCCCCCUCGGAAAGCUCACGUUUUCGAUGGCAGCGAGGAGAACGCAGUCUAG